CAGCUUUUAGAAAAUAUUUGGAAUCUAUUUUUUGUCAUGACAAAAGAGAGCAAUGAAAAUAUACAGAGCUAUGAUAUUUCCCUUUUUAAAAGAGGAGACUUGUUGGAAGUUCCUCGAACUUUAUUCACACAUUUUGGUAUAUAUCUGGGGGACAAUAAGGUAGCUCACCUUAUACCUGAUAUCCUGCCUGCUCUGACUAAUGACAGCAAUGCCAUUAAGGAGAUGGUGACAAAUGUUAGGCUAAUCUUAGGAGUCAUCUCCAAAGUGGCCAGUGUGAGAGUGGACACAGUGGAGGAUUUCGCUUAUGGGUCUGAAAUUUUGAUCAACCACAUGGAUCAAGUCUGCAGCCGACCACCACUGAGUGGUGAAGAAGUGGCCAGAAGAGCUGAAAAACUUGUUGGAACAACAGGUUACAGUCUACUCUGGAAUAACUGUGAACAUUUUGUGAUGUACUGCAGAUAUGGUACUGCUAUAAGUUUUCAGACCUUCCAGUUCUGCAAAAAUGUCAGGAAAAUCGUUUGUAGCAAGAAAGGUGUCCUCUUCACGGCGGUGCUUGGACUGGCCUCCAUUCUGUCCCUGGGAAUGGCGCCGUACACCACAAUCCCCGCCGCCCUCGUCCCGUUUACCCUCUGGAUGGCUUCUUAACCCCCGUGGGCACGAAAUGGCAUGGCAAGGUGUCCAAUUAAAGAAACAACUCCGGUGCAAUGAGGAGUGGAUUUGGAAUCACACACCAAUAUGGAUGGUAACAUUCCCGUCGGAUCGAGUCAGAAAUCCACACACAAGGCAGUUCUUCGGGACGCGCUGCCGUUUAUCUCCACAGCGAAGAGCGACGUCUAGAAAUUCAGAUGUUGCCAGCAAGCCCAAGGAAUUCUUGAACAAAACGACAAACGCACUGAUGGAUUUUUU